AUGGCUUCGAUAUCGGCCGGUGUUACUUUGAUGAGGAGAGCCACUUCGCCUGCUGCGAUCGGCUUUAUGCCAGUAGCGGUUCACUUCCGUCUUUUCGAUGUGCUAGUGACAUUCAAGGAGCCUGUGAGUGCAGAGAGUGUCUUGGCAGCCUAUAAAGAAAUAGCCAAGAAGGAUGGUGUUGAAUCGCCCAGUCCAGCGGACACCUUGUUUGCGAUUGCUGGCUUAGAGUUUGUCGAUGUCACGAGCGACGAGCUUUACUGUGCCAACGACAUCACGCGGCAUCUGGCAGCCUUCCCUUCCGCCCAACAUGGAGUAUUACACUUUGCGACAGAGGCUCUCCUCGGUGCAGCAUUCCUUAUGCCAAAGCUCAAGGCGCAGAAUUUCGCCUACCCGUUCGAGGAACUGGAUACACCCAUUCAAUAUGCUUACCGACGAAUGGGUAACGAGCGCCUGGCCCAGAAACAUACCUACUCCAUUAUGGCCGAGCAAGGCCGCAUGGACAGUUUCAACACUUUCAUGGUAGGCAAAUGGAUGAAGAUUGACAGUGUCCCGGAACGGUUGAAGUCGGUCGGAUAUGAUCUUCAAUCUGUCCUAGACGAAGGAACCGCAAAUAGAUCUCAGACUAUGGUCGACAUUGGCGGAGGUCGUGGCCAAUUGCUUCUUGAAAUUAAGGAAGCCUUUCCUCAACUCAAGGCAUCAGACCUUGUGGUGCAAGAAUUCAACCACGAUCUCGGUGACAUCGAAGGGGUCACCCUCGUCGAAUGGGAUUUCAAAGCGGAGAAUAGCCCCCAACCCAUCAAAGGCGCUCUGGUCUAUCAUCUAGCGCACGUCCUUCAUAAUCUGCCGGAUCUAGAGGCUGCGCGGUUGUUACAGAAAAUAUCCCAGGCCAUGGCUCCCCAUUCCCGGCUCUUGAUCCACGAAUUUUCCAAGAAUGAGAGUUUUGCCAAGUUGCAUGCUACUAUGAUUGUUUUGUACGGAGGCCGUGAAAGAAGCUCAUCUGAGUUCCAGCAGCUGGCUGCAUUGGCGGGAUUGAAAGUGACGUAUGAGGUUCGCCCUGAGGUUGGCGACGGAUUGAUUGAGAUGCGCAAGGCGUAA